UUCUAAUUUUUUUUUACCAAAUUCAUCAGUUUCACUUGAUUAGGGAACCCUAAAACACGUUACUAUCUCACCCCAUCUCCUCCAUCCCUAACCCAAUCUCCAUCCCACGCACCAUGUCCGCACCCCCAUCCUCAGUUGAGGGUUCGGCUUCUCUCCUCGACUUUGGCCACAUGCACAGAAGCUAUAGGUAUCUCUGCGAUUCCAUUCGAUCCCACCAUGAGGGUCUUGUUCUAUUUGUCGCGUCUGUCCCUUCUCCCCAACGUGCCUCUAUCUCUCUGUCUCUAUCAUACCUCAUUCUCCAUCUCGAUUUCUCCGUUUUGGAUAGCACAGGUUGCCACCGGUGUUCAGGAGGUAUAUGUGGGCUAUUGUUCCAUUCUCCUACUUUUCAAUCUCUUCCUCGAUUCCUUCUCCAGUUUCAUUUUUUGUGUGUGUAAAUUGUUAUUUUUCUCUGGAUUCAUCCUUUAAUUUUGAAUUGUUUGGUUUCUGAUUUAAUCAUCGUGAUUGUUACUUGUUUUUGUAAAUCAAUGGUUCUCUUCUAUGCUUGUGCUCUUGGUGUUUGUGUGAAAUAAUUUUCUUGUUCGGGGGUUUGCUCAUUAUAAAUUAUAUAAUUUUCUUUGUGCUAUUGGACUGAAGUUAACUGUAGUGGUAGGUAUAGUUGACUGAUCAAAUUUUGUUUUGCUUUAUUGUGAAUUGUCAAAUCAACUAUAUGUGUUAGGUAUUUGGUAAUUUGGAAGAGGGCUCUUCUCAUACUGUUUUUGCUCUUUUCCCAUGAGUAUUUGGUUACUUGUGAUAUCUUCCUAAAUGAUGUGUGUAGCCAUAUCAAUCUAUAUAUGCCUAUUAGUCUAUCUCUGUCCCAUAUGUGAAGCUUACAUUGUAAGCUUUAGUGUCUGUUAACUUCAGGAAUUUAUAACUCCAACUCAUCUGUUUAUCUUCUCAUCUUAGUUCUGAAUUUUUCUCUCUAUAUUUUCUGCUUUUGGUGUUCUUAUUCUAUAUAUGUUGGGAAUGAAUAACCGUGUUGAUCUGGUGGAGAAAAUCACUCCGUGGAGAGAAUCAUGGAAAGUGCAUGUUAAAGUUGUGAAGUUGUGGUACCACAAGAAUCCUGCUUUGGAUCCUUCUCAAAAUCUGUUGCAUAUGGUGUUAAUGGAUGAGAAGUUACACAAGAUCCAAGCAACCAUUAGAGAUAAGCUUAUACCAAAUUUUGCUGUGUCUCUAACUGAGGGAGAGGUGUACUUGAUGACCCAUUUUACGGUUGUACCAAACACUGGUUUGAACAGAGCGGUGAAACAUCGGUUCAGACUUUUGUUCCAAUACAAGACCUCUGUUGUUUCUGUGGUAUCUAUAAGGAUACCUCAUUCGGGUUUGUGUUUUACAUCAAUAGAUGAAAUUGAUCAAAGGACAAAGGACGACGAUUUCCUCAUUGAUUUUGUUGGGAUCAUUACUGGUGUUCGAAAAGAAAGAGAUGUAGCAUCAUAUGGCAAGAUGAUCAAAGCAGUUGUGCUCGAAGUUUUUUCUGAUGGCAAAAAGGUACAAUGCAAUGUGUUUGGAAAUGCUUGUGAUCUGUUGGAAUAUGAUAACUUACAAAAAUAUCCAAGAUCUCUGCUGAUUGUUCUCGAGUCUUUUAAAAUCAAAGCAAUUGAAGGUGGGGUAAUGCUGCAGAAUGUGAUGAAUGUCUCUAGGUUAUUCAUUAAUCCUGACAUUCCUGAGUCUGUUGAGUUCCUGAGUAGAUUUAGUGUUGCCAGUUAUGGGUUCUCAAGACUUGUGACCAAUGAGCUUGGAUACUUAGUUUCUAAAGUUGAUGGUGAUUUUUUCAAUCCCAAGGAGAUCAGUAAUAUUCAAGAUCUUUGUGCAGAUAACGGGGAUGGUCAUUACUUCGUUAUUGGGACAAUUAAGGAAGUUAUGGAUGAACCAGAUUGGUGGUACUACUCAUGUGUAUGUGGUCAUGUUGUUGUCGAGCAUGAGGAUCUCUACCUUUUUGAUGCUUGUGGUUCAUGUAUUGAACAUGUUAUGGUCAAAUAUGGGAUUCGGGUAAAGAUUCACCAUGGUGGGUGUGCUGUUUUGUUUGUUCUGCUUGAUAAUGCGGCAACAAAACUAUUUGGAAAAACCUGUUCUGAAGCAUUUCUCAGGAUAGAAGAAGAAUUUCCUGUUGAUCCUAAUGUGUUUGCAGUCCGUCAGUCAUAUUCUCCACAUAUGUUUGAUGAUAUUGUUGGAGAGGAGAAAAUUUUCAAGGUUGAAAUUAAUUCUGCAGUUGAUCGAGAUUACUCCGGGUGCUUUAAAAUUGUAAAUGUCUUUAGUCAUAAUCCGGAACUAGCUACAACUAAUGAUUAUAUCAAUGUAUGA